GGUGCAGCCGGGACGCGACAGCUCCGGAGCCUCCUGCCGCUCCAAGUCCUCCGCCGCCGGCCGGGAGUCAGAGCGCAUGACGCUGCCCGCCUCGGGGCCUCGGGCGCGGCGCCGGCGAGCUCUCCCCCGGCGGCGGGGGUGGUAGCGGCCGUUGGAGUUUCCCCGGCCGGGCGGCCGGCGUGGGCGCAGCUAGGCGCGGGGCGGGCCGGCUGCGCCGCGGGAGGAGGGACAAAGGGGAGGCUCCCCGUGGUGGCGAACGGGGUCCGCCACUGCAGCUUGGAGUUCAGAGCUGCGGCGAGGAGGACGUGCGGGAAGCGCGCGCGAGAUGCCGGUGCGGGGAGACCGCGGGUUCCCACCGCGGCGGGAGCUGUCGAGCUGGCUGCGCGGCCCAGGCAUGGAGGAGGUGAUAUGGGAGCAGUACACUGUGACCCUGCAGAAGGAUUCCAAAAGAGGAUUUGGAAUUGCAGUGUCGGGAGGCAGAGACAACCCCCACUUUGAAAAUGGGGAGACGUCAAUCGUCAUUUCAGAUGUGCUCCCAGGUGGACCUGCUGAUGGCUUGCUUCAAGAAAAUGACAGGGUGGUCAUGGUCAAUGGCACCCCCAUGGAGGAUGUUCUCCAUUCGUUUGCCGUUCAGCAGCUUAGGAAAAGUGGGAAGAUAGCAGCCAUUGUGGUCAAGAGGCCCCGGAAAGUUCAGGUGGCCCCGCUGCAGGGCAGCCCUCCUCUCAGUCAUGAUGACCGAGGUUUUGAAGUGAUUGAAGAAUUUGAUGGCAGAAGCUUCCGCAGUGGCUACAGUGAGAGGAGCCGGCACAGCAGCCACGAUAUGCUCAGCCACAGCUGGGAGGACAGUAGGGAGAGGGGGCGGCCCCAUCAGCGCACACAGAGCCGGGAACGAGAGCGCAGCCGUGGCCGGAGCCUGGAACGUGGCUUGGACCACGAAGACUAUGGGCGCAGCCGUGAGCGCAGCCGUGGCCGGAGCCUGGAACGCGGUCUAGACCACGACUUUGUGCCCCGGGACCACAGCCGUGGCCGUAGCAUCGACAGGGACUAUGACCGAGACUAUGAGCGCUCCUAUCACCAAGCCUAUGAGCCUGACUACGAAGGCGGCUAUAGCCCAUCAUAUGACCGCAGAGCCCAUCCAGAGACCCGCUAUGAACGGAGCCGCAGCCGAGAACACCUACGCUCCCGAAGCCCCAGCCCCGAGCCUAGGUCACGGCAGGAACACAAGGGCCAAUAUGACCCUGACAGGCCCAUCGGGGUCCUUCUGACCAAAAGUAAAGCAAACGAAGAGUAUGGGCUCCGGCUGGGGAGUCAGAUCUUCAUCAAGGAAAUGACCAGAACAGGACUGGCAACCAAAGAUGGCAACCUUCAUGAGGGGGACAUAAUUCUCAAGAUCAAUGGAACUGUUACCGAGAACAUGUCUCUAAGUGAUGCCCGGAAGUUAAUAGAAAAGUCCCGAGGAAAACUGCAGCUUGUGGUGUUGAGAGACAGCAAGCAGACCCUCAUCAACAUCCCGUCCCUAAAUGACAGCGACUCUGAAGUGGAGGAUAUCUCGGAAAUAGAGUCCAACCGAUCUUUUUCUCCAGAGGAGAGACGCCAGCAGUCUUCUGAUCAGGACUAUCAUUCCUCCACCGAGAAGCUGAAGGAGAGGCCGAGCUCCAGAGAGGAGACCUCAGGCAGACUGUCCAGGAUGGGUGCCACACCCACGCCGUUCAAGUCCACGGGGGACAUCACAGCUGCGGGUGUCAUAGAGGCCAGCAAGGAGCCCAGGUACCAGGAGGAAACCCCAGUUCCACAACCCAGAACAGCCCCAAGAGUUUUUCUUCGUCCUAGUCCUGAAGAUGAAGCAAUAUACGGCCCUAAUACCAAAAUGGUGAGGUUCAAGAAGGGAGACAGCGUGGGCCUCCGGUUGGCUGGUGGAAAUGAUGUUGGGAUAUUUGUGGCUGGCAUUCAGGAGGGCACCUCCGCAGAGCAGGAGGGCUUGCAAGAAGGAGACCAGAUUCUGAAGGUGAACACACAGGAUUUCAGAGGGCUAGUCCGGGAAGAUGCGGUCCUCUACCUGUUAGAAAUCCCCAAAGGUGAAACUGUGACCAUUUUGGCUCAGAGCCGAGCAGAUGUGUAUAGAGACAUCCUGGCUUGUGGCAGGGGAGAUUCGUUUUUCAUAAGAAGCCACUUUGAAUGUGAGAAGGAAACGCCACAGAGCUUGGCCUUCACCAGGGGAGAGGUCUUCCGAGUGGUAGACACGCUGUACGAUGGCAAGCUGGGCCACUGGCUGGCUGUGAGGAUCGGAAAUGAACUGGAGAAAGGCUUAAUCCCUAACAAAAGCAGAGCUGAGCAAAUGGCCAGUGUCCAGAAUGCCCAGCGAGAGAACGCUGGGGACAGAGCAGACUUCUGGAGGAUGCGUGGCCAGAGAUCCGGGGUCAAGAAGAACAUCAGAAAGAGUCGGGAAGAUCUGGCGGCUGCUGUAUCAGUUAGCACUAAGUUCCCUGCCUACGAGAAGGUUUUGCUUCGGGAAGCUGGCUUCAAGAGACCCGUGGUUCUGUUUGGCCCCAUAGCAGAUAUAGCAAUGGAAAGGUUGGCAAAUGAGUUACCUGACCUGUUUCAAACUGCAAAAACAGAACCCAAAGAUGCAGGAUCUGAGAAAUCCAGUGGAGUGGUUCGGUUGAAUACCGUGAGGCAAAUUAUUGAGCAGGACAAGCAUGCCCUGCUCGACGUUACCCCUAAAGCUGUGGACCUGCUCAAUUAUACUCAGUGGUUCCCAAUCGUGAUUUUCUUCAACCCGGAUUCCAGACAAGGGGUUAAAACCAUAAGGCAGAGGUUAAAUCCAACAUCCAAUAAAAGUUCUCGCAAGUUAUUUGAUCAAGCCAACAAGCUCAAAAAAACGUGUUCUCAUCUUUUUACAGCUACCAUCAAUGUGAAUUCGGCCAACGAUAGCUGGUUUGGCAGCUUGAAGGACAGCAUUCAGCAACAGCAGAACGAAGCAGUCUGGGUCUCUGAAGGAAAGAUGGAAGGGAUGGAUGAUGAUGCUGAAGACCGCAUGUCCUACUUAACCGCCAUGGGCGCGGACUAUCUGAGUUGUGACAGCCGUCUCAUCAGUGACUUUGAAGAUACCGACGGCGAGGGAGGCGCCUACACUGACAAUGAGCUGGAUGAGCCAGCCGAGGAGCCGCUGGUGUCUUCCAUCACCCGCUCCUCGGAGCCGGUGCAGCACGAGGAGAGCAUAAGGAAAUCCAGCCCAGAGCCACGAGCUCAGAUGCGGAGGGCUGCUAGCAGAGACCAGCUUAGGGAUGCUAGCCCGCCCCCAGCCUUCAAGCCAGAGCCGCCCAAGGCCAGAAGCCAGAAUAGAGAAGACUCCACCAAGUCAAACCUCUCCGCCACGGCUGGCAGUGAAAUCCCGGGGGGAUCCACCAAGAGCUAUCCUCCCCCUGUCGCAGCGAAGCCUGCCUUUGGGCGCUCCAUCCUGAAGCCUUCCACUCCGGUCCCCAUGCCUGAGAGUGAGGAGGUUGGGGAGAGCACCGAGGAGCAGGAAGAUGCUCCCAGAUCAGUCCUGGGCAGAGUGAAAAUAUUUGAGAAGAUGGACCACAAGGCAAAAUUACAGAGGAUGCAGGAGCUCCAGGAAGCCCAGAAUGCGAGGAUUGAAAUAGCUCAGAAGCAUCCUGACAUCUAUGCGGUUCCAAUCAAGGCCCCCAAGCCGGACGCCGGCCUGCCCCCGCACAUGAGUUCUAGACCCCCAGAGCCACAGAAAGCUCCUUCCAGACUUUACCAGGACACCAGAGGGAGCUACGGCAGUGACCCCGAGGAGGAGGAAUACCGCCAACAGUUGGCAGCACACUCAAAACGAGGUUACUACAGCCAACCCUCCCGGUACCGAGACACGGAAUUAUAGGGCUCUACUCGUGGACUCCUGCAAGGCCACCUGGAGAUCUUCUCCAGUUACAAUGCACUGCAGAGAUAUGAUGGGGACCCAGGCAACAGACAGCACGAGUUAUCAACUGAAGGCUCUGUUUGUGGGACUGGAGUAAAGUUGAUUAUGACUUUCUUGAAUGAAGAGAAACACUACAGUUUGAUAACUGUUACUUGCUUUGGUGUGGACCAAAAUCUGUAUUAAUCUCUCUGUAUUUUUAAUAUGUAUAUUGAGCAAUAACUAUUUUUCCUCACUCACAGCUGCCUUCCAGCACUGCUUCAAUGUGAAGCAAAUGUGAACAGGGAGUAAAAAAAGUACUCCCUCUCAAACUGAAUUCAGAAGUAUUUUAUCAUGACUUUCUAAGUGCCUUUGACAAGAUGUGUCUUACGCUUGCUUCCCUGACGCUUUAUGCAAAGCUAUAGUGGACUAAAACUUUAUUUUGACUAAAUUUUUAUACCAGUUUAGCAGCUGUAACUGCCCCUGCACCAUGCCACCUUUUCAGGGCAUUGCCUUUGUAGUAUUUUCCAUAAAUUCCGACUGUACAUAGGACAGCAACACUCAGGUGUGUGGCUAUCAGUUCUACUUAGCUUGGAGGCCAAGACUUAAGAGUGUUUGUUGUUUGAAACCACGUGCUCCACAAAGGCAGAGACUCGAGAAAAGGGUAUUUUAUUUCCUUUAUAUCAGCAUAUGUACUGACAUCAGGUGGUUUUAUAAUUUAAUAAAAAGGAGUACCUUGUAGUUAAGAAUGA